GACAGACAAAUGUCCAUAGUGGGGUGAGCACGGCAAAGCUCGACAACUAUGUUCCUGUUUUCAGCAACAACAUGCAAGACUACAGAGAAUUUCGCAAGCGCUGUGAGAUCUACAGAAAGAAGAUGCAGUUGGGCAAUCGCACCAACGAGGUGGUCUACAACCUGGUCACUCUGAUGACUGGGAAGGCUUGGGAUUUGGUCGAAGACAUGACCAUGGAACAAAUGUCAGGUGAAGAUGCAUAUGAUCUUUUGUUUACACGGCUGGACAGAGGAUUUCGAUUCGAUCCAUUGACAGAGUUGCCGGACGACUUCGAGCAGUACUUUGUGAAACUUCAGCGAAAACCACACCAGACAUUGCAAGAUUACAUGAAUGAUUACACCAGGUGUGAGAGAAGGCUGAAGGUGACCCACAAUGUUGAGCUGCCGGAGAAAGUGAGAGCUUGGUGGUUCCUUCGACGUUCAGGUAUCACGAAGGAGCAACGGCAGCUGAUCCUCACGAAUACAGGGACCACUGGACUGACGAUUGAAGAGGUGAUGAAGUCGAUGAGCUUCAUUUUGGGGCAAGACUCGACGCUACAAUCCUCGUCGUCGACUUCGAGAUGGUCAAGGCCAAUGGGAAAACCAGUUGACACGUUCUACUGUGAUGAGGACACGCAGUAUGAUUGGCCAGCUGGAUCGGAAGAUUUCGCCAUUGAUCCCUCGCCAACAUACUUUGGUGAAGACUAUGAGUGGGAUGAUUGGCACGAAGGUUCAUCAGAGCAAUUCGAUGAGGUUGCAUUGGCCGAGCAUUGUGAGCAGGUUUAUGACGUUGAUGAAUAUGAUGAUGUGCUUGCAAAUUAUCAAGAUGCCAAAGCACAGAUGAACGCCCUUCGUACAUCUCGUGGCUUCUAUCCCGUUGUGGCCAUGCUGCCGAGUGGUGUGAACAUGGUUGAGUCGGUUGAGCCUCCAGUUGACACAACAUUGUCAACAGAAGCAUUCAACAUUGACAUUGAAGAGGAUGAUUUUGUUGGAGACGACACAGCAGUUCAGGACGGAGGUGCAGCAUCGGUGUUGGGAUCAGCAUGUCAGAUUCGCAAAUACCUUCGUUUUCUGUUGGAACAGGGCUACAACAUCCACGACAUCCCAAUGUUUCAUUGUGAGAAAGGCUUCAAGUAUGGCAAUAGCAUGAAGGAGACCACCAACAAGUGCAUUGUGUUGCCCGUGUUCCUGAGCAACAGUCGCAUUGAUGUGUUGACGUAUGUGAUUCAAGGUACAGCUCCCAUCUUGGUCGGACGACCGAUGCUGGAGAAGUUAGGGCUCAUCGUUGACUACCGGUCAAAACAGAUGAAGUGGCCAGACACCGACUGGGAGGAUCUCCCGACAGGUUCAAAAGGUGAGCACUUAUUGCACCUUGGCAAGGACAUCCGUCGAUGCAUUGCACAAGAACCCACCAUGGUUUUGUUGCCAGAGGACGUUGAAUCGCACGUUGGCGAACCUAUCGAACAAGGAGUGCAGAAGUUGCUGGAGGAGGUCAUGAUUGCCGAGAACGCCAAUCCGGCGUUGGAGCCCACGCAGACAGUCACGUCGGCUCACACACGUCGUGUGAACGACGGCAUUGAGGAGAUCGAUACGGUCAAGCGACUUCACGGUCACAUGCUGCGAAAGUUUGAGAGACAGGAGGAGAACGAACCGGAAUCCGUUCUUGCAGAGGAGGAUGGAGAUGUUGAGAUGAUUCCAGUUGAGCAACAACCACAGCAGCUGGAAGCACAAGCAGAAGUUCCAGAUGUUGAGCAAGACAUCCUCAAGUACUACCGCGAAUAUGCUGAAAAGGAGGUGGAUUCAGUGACAAGCAAUGCACAGCUUCGUACACAAGUCGGCAAGGCAGCAAUGAACUAUGUGGUGAGACUUCACAAGAAUCUCGGACACCCCGGGACAGAUGUGUUGUGUCGAAUGCGUGAGGAAGUGCAAGCUACAGACAAUGUCAUGACAGCAGCAAAACGAUAUGUGUGUCCAGAGUGCUACAUCAGGCAAGGCCCUGCUGGAGUUCCCCCAGCGGAAGAUGACAUCUCAGAGUUGGCCUUGAAGCGUGCGAGAAAUGCAAUCAGCAUUCCAGUCCCUGACAGUGAUGAAGACCUUUUCAUUGACGAUGCCUACAUCGUUGAGAUGGAGAGUGGCACACUACCAAAGGGCUGGAGACUCAUUGAUGGCGAGUUUGAGCUGGAUGAAAUGUUUCUUGCAGAGGUGAGUGAGAAACGCAUGACACUGGCUGAAAAAGAAGAGAUGAUCAAAGCAAAGCAACAGGAGCUUCGACAGUACUUUGACAACAAAGUGUGGGAAUUUGCAGAGUUGGGACAGCAUCAACGCAGCAGGUUGAUUUCUGCUCGAUGGGUGCUUGUGUGGAAGCCCCCAAAAGAAGGUGAGUUCCAACGCAGGGCAAAAGCACGCCUCGUUCUCAGAGGAUGUGAAGAUCCAGAUUACCUCAACCUGGAGAAGGCUUCACCUACAGCAAACAAGACCUCAAAGAUGAUCCUCCUAGGGACAAUCUUUCGUGGUGAUGUUCGAGCCGCGCUCCUCAGUGGUGCAACAUUUGAUCGUGAGAUCAUUGUCAAGUUGCCGGCAGAUUGUUCAGCAAUGCUUGGAGCAAAGGGGCCCACGUUCAUGAGGAUGCGCAAGUCGGCCUACGGUUUGUGUGAUGCUCCACUGUUGUGGUGGAGAGAGGCUGACCAGAGGUUGAGGCAGUUGGGGCUCAAGAGACACAGAUUGUGCAAGUGCACCUACAUGAUGUACAACUCAGCAACAGCAUUGGUUGGGUUGAUCAUUUUGCACGUUGAUGAUUUGUUGUUGAGCGUCAACAUGAAAGACAAAGAAGCAGUGCAAAUUCUACAGAAGGUCAAGUCCGCUUUCGAUUUUGGCAAGUGGCAAGAGCUGAGUCAAAAGGAGGACAUUAUUUACUGUGGAGGCCGCAUUGCAAAGAAAGGCGAAACA